AUGGUUACUGACAAUGGCACGCCUUUUGUUAACAAGCAAGUAAGUUCAACACUUAGUGGUUACGGAAUCAAGCAUCGUCACUCAACACCUUAUUACCCGCAGGGAAAUGGUCAAGCAGAAGCUACUAAUAAGACAAUACUGAGGAUUUUAAGCAAAAUGGUGUAUGAGUAUGAGGGCGGCUGGAGCAUUCACCUGCCGGAUGCUUUGUGGGCUUACCGCACCUCACCUAGAAGUACUAUAGGUUUUUCACCUUAUUCACUGGUAUAUGGGUCCGACGCUAUUUCACCUGUGGAAAUCACCACUCCCACGGCCAGAGUGUUAGUUGUUAACGAUCUUGAAUGGGAUGCAAAGUCAUGCUCGUAUUGA